AUGAUGAGUGACCGCUACUAUCUAGUUUUCGGAAAUCGCUGCGGCGAGUUUCAGGCUGGUACCGCCGGUCGGCGAAAGUACAGCGUUAGUCGCCUGGCCAGCACACAUACACGAGGCACAUGCGCGAACGAAAUUCGCGAUCAUUUCGGUGUUACUCCGUGCAAUUCACCGGCUGGAGGUCAACCACGGCGAUCGCCCGGUGCGCUCUGCAAAACAUCCCCGCCACCGCCAGCGACGCUACAGCGACGCAUCAGCGACGAGCAACGGAUUAGUCGGCUGGAUGCUCGGGGGUUCAACUUGAAUGCCGAAGAAGGCCUUAAAAUGACCUCCACGACGAUUUUGAACGUAGAUGCACAAUGCGGUGGUGUUAGCAACCGCCGACCACACUACUAA